UAUGAACAAGAGAAUAGCUCAUAUUUUUGUGUUGAAUGUCAUUCUCAUAGCCUCACAGGGUGAGGCUGGGUUAGACUCAAGCUAUGAGCAACCUCCACAGUUAAAUUUAUCUGAGGCUCAAAGGAAAGAAUUAGAAGAUAUUGAUCUUCCACAGGAUUUUAUUAGUGAAAUAACAGAGCAAAUUGAUGAUAUGAGUGCCAAAAUUCAGCAAAAUCGUAGAAAAAGAUAUUUUCAAGACCAUGAAGAAGAAAUUCACCUAGAAAAUGGACUUUCAAAUUCAUCUUCCUCUAAUAGCUCCAAAAAGGGAAGGAAGAUGGUUUAUGAGAUGAAGGAUGAUUCUGAAUAUGUCUCUGAGAACCUUUAUUUUCGCCCAAUCAAGAUCCUCCAGAUCCCUCUCAGUUUUGAAAAUAUUCUUGCGUUUGUUGUCAUAGUUGCCUUAGCAGCUUUGGGAAAUAUUUAUCUCUGGAAACUCUUCUCAAAACAACGCUGCAGUUGCAAGCUAUGUGAAGGAGUAUAUGAAUUAGGGGAGAAAAUAGGUGAUGGAGGUUUCUCUAGUGUCUAUAUGGCAUUCAAACAAAGAACAAAUCAGCAGUUUGUUCUCAAAAGGAUAGAAAUGAGGGACAUUACUGAAGUAGAUGAGGUCCAGUUUGAGGCUAAACAACUCAUUCCUCUCUCUCAUAUGAACAUUGUUAGCUAUGAAGAUGACUUUAUUCACCAUGAUUUUACAACCCUUGACACAAAAUUUUCUUACAUCCUAAUUAUGGAAUACUGAAAUGGUGGAGAUUUGACUGAUAAAAUAAGAGCCGCUUGUGAAGCAGACAAACCUUUCUCUGAAAACCAGCUCAUGGAAUAUUUCUGCCAGUUGUGUCUGGCUGUGAAGUAUAUCCAUAGCAGAGAUGUGAUCCAUAGAGACAUAAAGAGCCCAAAUCUCUUUCUCUCUGAUGAACAUUAUCUCAAGCUAGGAGACUUCGGACUCAGUACAAAAGGAAGGUCUGUGAGAGAUAAAUCAUGCAUUUCUAGAGUUGGAACCGACUGAUAUAUGGCGCCUGAAGUCAGAGAUGGAAGCUACGUAGACAAAGACAGUAUGAAAACAGGUCGCAAAUCUCGAAAGAACCUAUACCUCAACCUAAAGCCCUCAGAUAUCUGGUGUAUUGGGCUCAUUCUCUUUGAAAUGGUCACUCUAAUCCCAGUCUGGGAGUUGAAAUUUGAUAUCACCUUAAAACUGAUAUCUGACCCAGAUGAAGUCUGGAAAUUAGUCGAUGAUCUUACCUACUACGAUAGCCAAGUAACUAGCAUCAUAAAGAAGUGUCUAAAGAUUGAUGCAAAGGAUAGGCCAACAAUUCACCAGAUCCUUAAAGGAAAGUUUGUCAAAAAGCACUUAAAAUACCUUGAAAAGAACAAGAAGAAAUACAAGAAAAACGAAAGCAUGAAACUUCUUGAAGAAGGACAAAUCUGGUCUAGACAAGCAAGCAGUGAUGAUAGCUACUUUGGAUCAGAUAAUAAUGAUGAAAGUGAUAUUAGUGUGUAUGUAGAAGACCAAGGCAGCCUCCUCGAGCCAAAGAAUCCCAGAAAACAAACUAGAAGAAGGAAGAAAAACAAGAAGAAGAGAUCUAGAUAA